GCGCUUGCCCUAACCCGGCCCUAAUCUGAUUUGCGGCCUCUCGAUCCAUCGAUUCGCUCGCGGCGAUUCAUGGAGGAAAUCCGGUGUGUUCUGGAGGAAGCACAAGAGGAGCCUGAUGUGAAGUUAAAGAUGGUUGAGUGCCCCCGUAGAAGAGGAGGAUGGGCACGAGGAGGAGGAGGGCGGCGGCGGCGGCGACGAGGAGAAGAACGGCGGUGGAGGCGACACCGUAGGGGAGGACAGCGACGACGACGUGGGGGGUUGGGACGAGAACGGCGACCCGUGCCUGCCAUUCAUCGGGUCCUGGGAUCCACCGGCACUAGUUUGCACUGCAGGAGCAAGUUGUACCAAAAAGAAAGCAGAGGAGCUAAAUUCAUUAGUUGAAGAAAGGAAUCGUAAACUGAUGAGAGAAUGGCGUGAAAUGGUUGAGAACAGGAUGUCUCAUUUGCCUGCGUUUCCUCUAACUAUUCUUCCAGAGAUAACCACAUGUUGUGUUUCUAAACACGAGUGCUACUACCUGCAGUAUUGGACUGAAAUUACUUCUGAAACUGCAGCAAAUCAUCCAUAUUUCAAACCCUGUGAGAUGGUGCAAGUGUUUUCCUUGAGAUUAUCAAAUCCUAUAGAUCAUCCUGUUAAUAUUUAUGGGACGUUUUCUGUUCGUGAUGGCUGGGAGCCACUCCGCAAUUAUCUAUUUAAGCGCUCAAGAGAUGAUCCAGCCACGAUUCCUGAGGGUUGCUCUUUCCUGCCUCUUCGUAGCCCUUGUCGUGGAAUAUAUGUUUUGCAGUAUUGCUUAAUAGACGUUGAUCUUCGGAUAAAAGAGGAAGGAGAUGGAUCUGCUGACAAGCUGUUGUUUUGUGGGUAUGUUGAAUUGAACACUUUUUUGGAGGGAUUUGGAUCAAAGCUGAUAGGACGGUUCCAGGGCGAUUGUCAUGGCUUGGACAUGCAUUAUGCAUAUCUUCCUAAGGGGAUGGAUACUGCUAUAGAGGUGCUCGCGGAAGCAGGACAUGUAUCAUAUUUGAAGUUCAGUGCUUCAACCAGUAGUUUUGAUGAUGAGAUUUCACUGUAUGAUGGUACCUUUUGUGGAAGUGGGGCAGUAUUCAAGCAUUGCAUGGCUGUGAACAAGAAAGACGAAUUGCAUAUUGUUUUGAAAAUGGAUGGCUCGCUAUACAAAUGGACUUUCAAGGCAGGAGUUGGAGUGGUCGUAGCACCGGAACACCCGGUCCCUCUCAGUACUUUGUCAUGAAUGUAUCUUUUAGAACAAGGGGCAAAGCAGCAUCAGGUUGGCAGUGGAGCUUCAUCUGCAAUGUACUCUCCACGAAGGUGUAUCUGUAGGGUAGCAUGUUCGAACGAUUGCCAUCUGAACAAUGAAGCCUCUCUGUCAGCUACUGAACAUGGUGUGGAAAGUGCUACUUUGCGUGCAAACUCUGCAGGUGGAUGUAAGAAAGAUCUGUAUAAGAAAUACUUGUUGAUGGAUGACGCAUCUAAUUGCGGACAAAAUUUUAU